AGUGAGUGAGCGAGCGAGCAAGCGGCAGCGCAUGCUUCAUGAAUGAGUCCCCCUCCACCGCACAGCAGGUCGGACCCCUUCAUCCGCCUGCACCCUGAUGCCCGUGUGGGUGCGUAGACCGGCGGGGAACAGUAGAGGAGCCAGCCGCUGAUGAGCCCGGACAGUAAACACUUCACAUCAGUGCUACAGGACCGUUUCAUCCCACCAGGAACAACACGACAGGAUAAGGCACGAUGCUCGAUGGACUCCGGCGGAGGCACGCCUCCCGGCCCUCCACCCGUCCCCUGUCACUCAACUUCAGCACUUUCUCUGCCCCUCCCCCUAGCCCAGACAUGGACAGCAGCAGUGAGCAUCCAAUCAGGAGGACUCUGCACCGGCUGAAGUUGAUGAGCUCCCCCAGCCUCAGUGAGCUGGGGAAGAGUGAGAAAAGUUCACCAGAGGACAGAGGAGAGAAGCAGAAGAAGGCAGGAGCCAACGCCACCUGGAACAGCAUCCACAACGCUGUCAUAGCAGUAUUCCAGAAGAAAGGUUUGGCAGAUAACGAACUCUACGUCCUCAACGAAGGUGUUCGGCAUCUGUUGAAGACUGAGCUGGGGUUUUUCUUCACAGAAUACCUUCAGAACCAGUUGCUGACAAAAGGCAUGGUCAUCCUUCGGGACAAAAUAAGGUUCUACGAAGGUCAGAAGUUACUCGACUCUCUGGCAGAGACCUGGGACUUCUUCUUCUGUGAUGUUCUCUCAAUGCUGCAGGCCAUCUUCCAUCCGGUCCAGGGUAAGGAGCCCUCUGUCCGACAGCAAGCUCUGCUUCACUUCAGGAACACCAUAGUCUUGAGCGUAAAGUUAGAGGACGCCCUGUCUCGACCUCGCGCCCGCGUGCCACCCUCUGUUACUCAGAUGCUGCUUAUUCUACAGGGGGUCCAUGAGUCGCGCGGUGUGAAUGAGGACUACCUCAGGCUCGAGUCUCUGAUUCAGAAGGUGGUCUCGCCCUACCUGGGCACACAUGGGCUUUACUCUGCAGAUGGUGCUGAGGCCCAUUGCUGUGUUUUGGAGAAGCGUUUACCGUGGGGCUGGUCCAAGUCUGCGGAUCAACAGUCUAAAAACCCUGUGGUACGAUCGAAAAGCUACAACAUCCCUCUGCUGCUGACCCCUGUGGCUGAGUAUGACCCAGAUGCCAGCUCUGUUGGCAGUGGAGGAAUUCGGCGCCACUCGGCCUGUGAGAUUAUAACAUGCCUGGAGGAACAAGGACUGGCCUACGCUGACUUGGCCUCAGGAUCUGAAGUGUCUGGCCCCUCCUCCAACAGGCUGUGUGUGGGCUCUCAGUUCAAUGGUAUUGUACAAGUGGGAGCUAGUGCCGUUGCCUUGCCUCUUUCAUCUCCCUCUAUCCUUCCCCUUCAUUCCUCAGGAGCUCUGCACGGCACUGAGGCCACAACAACAAUGACUGAUCUCAGUAAAGGUGCAUCGUCCACACCGCCCAGUGAAUCAUCCAGCCCAGAAACCAUAAUUGGACAAGUGCUAGACUCUGCAGACUCAGACUCAGAUGGGAUAUUUAUUGAUUUCCCACCUCACUCCUCAGAGGCGUUGGGGUACUGCCGCGAGAGCAGGCAGAGCACUGUGUAGCUGUGGUUGCCUUUAAGAACGCAUCCCUCCUCCAGUGUGUACGGUAAUAAUCUGUGAGACAGAUUAAAGAAACAUUUCAUUAAAUUGGUACCAUCUUCCUUUCUUACGAGUCCAUUCCAAGUGCUUUCACUGGUGAGUGAAAACCUUGCAACUCUAAAAUGUAAAACAUAUUUAUCCAACAAAAUACAAUGCAAAUCCCAGUGCAAUUAUUAUUAAAGGACUGAAAUGUUUGACAAGGUUUUUAAUUUGAUCACAGCGUAGUUGUAACUUUAUGAGCUUUCUAGUGUAUUCAUAAACCGAAUAAAUCAGAUUAUGUUCUUAAGGGAUAAAUCUGGUGAUAUUCUUUAUUUUUCUUGACAACAAAUCUCAGAAAAGCCCAAAAUCAACAAUGAAUUGAUCCCAGGAAGUUAUCCUCUGGAGCCAAAGCCCAAUUCAUCUCAUUCUACUGCCACAGACCUCCAGUUAAAACUAUUAAAAACAAAUGACUGAGCCACACAGUGGCACUUUCUUGAUUUGAAUAAAGAUGGGCACUGUAGUUUAUUAUGACUCACUUUGCUGGUACUGUAAAUACUCACUAGAUCAUCAAACGUGUAUUAAUCUGUAGCUGAAAGUAGUCCCCAAAAAAAUGCACUAUUUAUUCCUGUCAAACUCCAGUGCCAAGGGAAUUACUCGGCUUUCUUCAAAUUGAAAAUAUUUGGACUGAGUGUCACAGACACGCUGGGGAAGUAUUGAGAGAUGGACUAACACAUUGGUCAUUGCUUUUCAUGAGAUUGGUUGAAAAUAUAAAAAUAUACAAUAUUAUCCUUUAACCCACAGAGCAGCAUGCAAUCCUUCAACUGAAGUUAAAAUCAUUGGAGUUAUAAGGUUUUCAAACAGCAUCAGUUUCUUGCCUCUACUGAGGUGUUAGUCACCAUUUACAUGGAAAAGUGCCCGAAACUUAACAUAUUUAUCACGGCUUUGUUUUGUAUAUGUGUAUUUUGAAACUCACAACAGUUUUAUAUUUUCUUUUUACGCUUUGUAGUCUGCUAUUGGCAGUAACACAGUAAUGAGGUUCUCUGCUCUCUCUUUUGUACAACAUCUUACGCAAAUGUGGACUGUUGGAAUGUUUUUAUUGUCAGUGGUGGUCAUAGAGGUCUAAUGCAAUCUUCUCUUCAUAGAGCAAACAUCAGUGUGACAACAUUUGCUUUUCUGUAUUAGCUCUGUACAGCAGCACUUUGAGGAAUGACAAUGUUUAUUGUUUACAUUUGAUAAAGACAUUAACAUUUUUGACUGAAUGUCAUCUCACACACUGUAUUUUGCACCACCACUACCUUGUAAAUCAAAAUGCAUUGUUGGUUUUUAGGACAGCUAGAUAGUGUAAAGUGAGCUUUUACCUUUAAAUGACUUGAGAUUUUAAUAAGGGCUUUUUAACUGAAUCUUUUUCAAAUGAUGUUUUACCUCAAGCAUUUUGUACUUUACUUUUUUUUGACAAUCUAUGAUGUCUACAGAGUUGUGCUUUGUAUUAAUUUGUUAUACUAGCCCAGUAAAAAAAAUAAAAAUUACAUUUGAU